UAGAGAGCGCUUUACACGUGUGGAACGUGUCUUCGCGCAACUUUGUGCGUUACAGAGCACGCACGCACCUCGUCAGCGUCAACAUAACUGCGCAAUCGUGUACGACCUUCUGCCGAACUUGGAACCACGCGCGUGUCUGACAGACGUGUAUUUGGCGGGAAGCGUGGUACUCGUUUCAUUUGGAUUUUAUGUGGUAUCGAAGUCGAUUCAGUGGCUCCCCACCGUGUCAGCGAACAGCAUAUUGGUGCUUUCGGGCCGUGUGCAAUAACGUUUUCAGUAAAAUUGUCUUGUGUCGAACGAGAAAUCUUGAGUGAUAUAUUUAUGUAUUUUGCAUUAUACGCAUGGACGGGAUAAUUAUAAACUCAAAAAACUGAUAUAUAAUCAGUUUUUAAUUUCAACAAUAACGUGGUAACCUUCGCGGGAACACGUCGAAACACGCUCGCCGUUUCUUGAAGCCUCACGCGCAAGUGCGUGCGACGUUGCCGGCUUUUUCUUCCCGCGGGCUAUAUUGACGAAUUUAAGAGAAAAGGACAAAAAACUUAAAAUCAUAAUCAAUUAUUGACAUCAAUUUUAGUUAUUAUGACCGUGGAAAUGUAUACCGAUAUUUGAGAAAAUAUGAGAUAGUUGUUGCUGUUUUCCUAUCUUACCUCUCACUCUUUCAUUGUGGUACGCAAUAGUGUGUUUACCGUGUUGCCAAACUUUCUAGUUUAUCAUACACGCUUCAGUUGUGGAUGAUAUAUUCCGAAUUAAAAUAUAUCUUUCGAUUCACGGAUGUAUACCGCAAAAAAUCAGUAUUUCGAAGUGUUUGGUGGAUCCAUGAUCGAAUCAAUAGUCAGCGUAAUCGUGAGACGACGCUGAGCACGGCCAUUAUUCGAAAUUCGGUGGGUCGCGCCACGACAACGUUGCCACGUCUUCGCAAGCCGCGAGUAUUUCAACGUUCUGUGAACGAUUCCUGGAAGAAUCAUCUCCGUAAACGGGACGUAUAUAAUAUACGUGUUGAAAUUCAUAAGAAAAAAAGAUUGUUUUCUAACAUCGCGCUGUGCGCGUAUCGAAAUCGAUCGAGUGUGUAAGUUAGUAAGUGGCGUAUCGCGAUUUGGAACACAGACGCUGGGAGAAAGACAGAAAGAGACAAAGUGAGAGAAGGAGUAUAAAAAAGAGAAAAAGUAGACACUAAGUGAAGAGAAACGGAAGCUGUUUGUUCGUGAAAACACUUGGUUAUUGGUAACUGCGACGGAGAACAGCGACGUUGCCGGCGUGAAAGACUAACAAAAUAUGAGCGCUCGAGUGUUGAAUCCGGUGAUGAUGACGGAAAUGAGCAGGAAUUUGGGUGGAGGACGAACGGUGCCGAGCAGAGCAGCCCUUGCUCGUGUUCGAAGGGACCUAUUCGGACCCGUCGAUCACGCCGCGGCUCGUGCAUUGGCGGAACGAGAGCUUCGCGCUCAAUCCAUACUUGAUGCCGAGAGAUGGGGAUUUGACUUUCACUUGGAAAUACCAAGAGCUAAUUCAAGGUACGAGUGGGAGCUGGUUACACCACAGGAUGUGGUACCCGAACCCUAUGCCCUACGAGGUAUGCCCUACUUAAGGAAACACGCACCUAGUACACCACGAAAAGUACGGGAUUCAUCGCCCACUACAAGAUUUCUCCGUAAAGAUCUUUCGUCACCAGUAACUCCAAUUCUCUCGAAAUCUGAAAGAACGCCGCCACAAGAGCCAAGAGUACCGCAAAUCGGUGAAAUCACAACCAACGAUCUGUUCGAUUUUGACUCGGAUAAGAAAACGUAUAUCGUCGAACCCACUACCCCCGUUUUACCAACCUCCGCAACGAGGAAACAGUCCUCUAUAACCGACUAUAUGAAGAGUCGUAAACGUAGCCUAAACGGUAGCGCGAAGAGCAUGAUAGAGCCGCCGGAGAAGAUCGCUCGCAACGCGGGUCAGAUACGCAGCUAAAAGCCUUCCAGCUUCCUCCUUCAGCCUCGCUGUCUUCUUCCAUCUCUUUGGAGCGCGAGUGGGACCGGAAACACGAAGCAUCACUGCCAGGAGGAACGAGAAAGGCAGAAGCUUUGGCAAGGAGGCGCGAGGUCCGUUGGCUGUGCCAUUCACGUAGAUUUAUCCGCCAUGAAUAUAUAGGCGAAAACGGUGGGGAAAAAAGAAACGAAAUGUAGUGCCGUUUUUUUUUCAUCGCGUAUACUUUCGUGGCCACGCCACGGAAAAUACAAAGUACAUAGUAACAACAGCGACUAUAAUUAUAAAAUAACGAACAGAGGAUGCACGAUAUUCUACGGUUGUUGCUGUCAUCUUUAUAUUUCUUUUUUCUUCUUUUUCUUUUUAUAUGUCAUUUGCGUCGUAUGUUCUUUUGCAUUAAGCUAAACACAGAGUAACGAUAAGAAUAUAUAUAAAUAUAUAUAUAUAAAUAUAUAUAUAUAUAUAUAUAUAUAGCGCGACAGGGAAAGAAAGAAAGAGAACGUGUGUGCGUGCGAGAGUGAGUGAGUGGGUGUGUGCGUUUUUUUCACGAAAUUAAUUAAUGUAAUAUAUUGUCCGUUUAAUUCUAAAAUGAAGCGAGAGUGGAUGAGUGAUGAUAAUGGAAUUGUUGCAUACAUACACUUUAAUACGAGCGUAAGGAGACAAAAAAUAUAUAAAUAUUUUUUAGGACACAACGUAGAUUUUAAGAUUAGGUAUUAAGUGAAAGUGCAUUGCGUUUCUAUAAAAAAAAAAAAAAUUUCGCGCAAUAAAGGCCACUUGAGCCUGGUCUACAAACAUUUGAAAAUCAGAGGCUGUUUCGACUUAAACUCCGUGAGUUUUCAUCGACUUUUCAAUUCGAUGGAGAUUCCCAGAGUUUUAAUACAUCAAUAAAAAUGACGCUAUAUAGAUCAAACGAAUUUCGCGAUAAUUUCGAUUGUAAUUCUUGAAACGAUCGCGAAAUUAUACGACAUCAGUGUUUUUGUUUGUUUUUUUUUUAUUUUUUCCUUUUUUUUCCUUUAUAUAUAUAUAUAUAUUUUCAAAAGACAAAAUUUAAAGCAUAAUUUUUAUAUAUUUGAGAAUAUAAAAGGAACGCAAUCAUAUUUUUUUUUAGCCGAAAAGAGACCAGUCUCAAGGACAAUAAACGGGGAGAAAGAUAUGAUUUAGAUAUAGUUUGUUACCCAUGUUUAAGCAUUGAUCUCCUGUACGACUUUAAGAAAGUACAGCCGAUGCCAAAUCAGCCCCGCGAUUUGUUUCUUACCUUAUACCUUCGAAGAAGGAACCAUUAUCGUAUUUGGCUUUCUCUUCAUCUCUUUCACUUCAUCACCUUGAAUCCGGUUAAGUGUUAGUAUGAUUAGAUAUCUAAAGCUUCGUGAAGAUUGCAAUAUCUGAAAAA